UUAUCCCCUCAUCCCUGAUCUCCCUUCAUCCCUGCAAUCCUCAUCUGUUCCUCACAGGACAGGAGGAGAGGCCAGGAGAGAAGGACUGGGCGAGGGGAGCGUCAGGCCCGUUGCUGGAAUGAACAGACUACGACUGACUGUUCAUUAAGUGUGAUUGCAUUGUUUAAAAAAGUAUUCUGGAACAUCUCAAGAGGAUUCACCAAACAGCAGCUUUCCUGCCACCUUGAGAGUGCCUGACGUGCAUCGCCAUGGGUGAGAUGGAGCAAUUGCGAAAAGAGGCGGAUAACCUCAAGGACCAGAUCACUGCGGCACGUAAAGCCAUGCAGGACACAACCCUACAGGAUGCCGUGGCUAGUAUCAACGUGGUGGGCCGUGUCCAGAUGAAGACCCGAAAAACACUGAGGGGUCACCUGGCUAAGAUCUACGCAAUGCAUUGGUCCACUGACUCCAAGCUGUGUGUGAGUGCGUCACAAGACGGAAAACUCAUCGUGUGGGACAGCAUCACAACCAAUAAGGUAAACGCCAUCCCUCUCAAGUCAUCGUGGGUGAUGACGUGCGCCUAUGCCCCGUCGGGCAACCUCGUAGCGUGCGGCGGUCUGGACAACAUGUGCUCCAUCUACAACCUAAAGGGCAAGGACGGCAACGUCAAGGUCAUGCGCGAGCUGGCGGCGCACACAGGUUAUUUAUCAUGUUGCCGUUUCCUCAGUGACAGUGAGAUCAUAACCAGCUCUGGAGACUGCACUUGCGUGCUGUGGGACAUUGAGACAGGCACUCAGAAGACCAUCUUCGCAGGCCACCAGGGCGACUGCAUGUCCCUUGCCGUGUCUCCAGAUUUCAAGUUCUUCAUUUCGGGAGCGUGCGACUACACGGCCAAGCUGUGGGAUAUCCGAGAGGGCAACUGUAGACAGACUUUCGGAGGGCACGAGAGCGACAUCAACGCCAUCGGGUUCUUCCCCAACGGCAAUGCAGUGAUCACUGGUUCGGACGACGCCACCUGCAAGCUGUACGACCUGAGGGCAGACCAGGAGCUCAUCACCUACCAGGACUCCGGCAUCAUGUGUGGCGUAACCUCGCUGGCGCCCUCCCUGUCUGGUCGCCUCAUCCUGGCCGGAUAUGAUGACUUCAACGUCAAUAUUUGGGACUCGCUCAAAGCAGAGCGAGUGGGAGCACUGGCUGGCCAUGACAACCGAGUGAGCUGCAUUGGCGUCUCUUCUGACGGCAUGGCAUGCUGCACGGGAUCCUGGGAUAGCUUCCUUAAAAUUUGGAACUGAGACCUCGCAGCAUCACUUCUACAUCUGCGUGGUAUUCAAUUGUGCCAAUUUACAAAAUUAGGUUUGUUAUUGUGAAUGAAAAUUCCUCUUUGUAGUCGAUUACAAAAUAGUCUGGCACAGACGACCAACUCAACUGGUAUAUAUGCUAUGCUGUGUUUUAUAUCAAAUUUGGGAUGUUAGUUUUCUAUUAGAUGCUUAUUGUUGACUUCCUUUUCUAUGUAGAUUUUUCUGUAAACAUCCAAUUUCAGAUGUUUUUUGUGUGUGUUUUAAAUGGUGACACUGGCUUGUGACUCUACCCCCCACACAUACACACACAAAUGUGAUAGACAGUCAACAGAUGGGACAACAAAAAGUGGUUCACUAAGCACUUACAACAAGCAACGACCUAUUUGUCUCAGGACCUAUUUAAUGGAUGCUAUUGUGUGCACUCGAGUGCUACAUUUUGGAAUUUGUUGUAAAUACUAGUUAAUCUUUUCCUCCACCAGGCGAUGUCAAGGGUGUGGUACUUUGUGGUCUGUUGAUUGGCAGGUUUUCUUAUUAGGGUUUUGCAAUAACAGGCAAUGUUGAGCGUAAUGUAGCUUUCUUUACAGACGGUCCAAUAAAAAUGGGAUUCUACUUGUUGUUGGUGAUCAUUUUGUUAAAUUUGACUGUUAUAUCAAUUAAAGGGGCAGAGAUCUUUAUCAUAUGUAUCGCAGUGGAGAGACUCCUGUGUAAUAAAUUGCAAAAAAAACAUUAUAAUUCAGUGGUGUUACCAAAAUGCCAGGUGUGGAUGGGUAUUAGCCUUACAUGGGGGUGGGGGGUGGCAAACAAACAAACAAACAAAAAAAGCUACAAUGCUCAAGUAGGUCGAAAUCCAGCGUAGGGCUACUGCAACUUAAAUCAUGUUUUGUUUUCUCCUUGAGACAACUUGUUGUGAUUUGGUCUAAACAGAUAAAUGUUUAUUUGACACAUCCAUAACUGAACAGUAUGGACAUGCAGGUGACAAUAUUUUUUUUAGGUAACCUAUUGUGGUUCCUCGGUUUUAUUAGUAUUAUAGUUAUUCUUUGUUCAGCAGCCCUUGUGAGCUAAAUUUGACCCCCUUAGAAUGCUUCAAAAUGCACCAAAAUCGGCAGGCAGGUCAAGAAAGGUGCAAUGUUUGAUACCGUGUGAAGACAAAUUCCAAAUACACUAUGCAGCGCCUCCUCGCAGUCAUUCUUUGUCCCGCCGACGCUUUGAACCCUAGUUGGACCCCCCUCAGAAUGCUUCAAAUCUCACCAAACUCAACAGCCAGGUGAACACUG